AAUCGUGCAAUAUUCCUUGUGGUGAUGGGGGUAUCAGGGACAGGAAAAUCCACGCUCGGAGUUGCCCUCUCCAACAGGCUCAGGCUGCCAUUCGUAGACGGCGAUGAUCUCCACCCCCCUUCAAACAUCGCCAAGAUGUCCCGUGGCGAGGCCCUCACAGACGGGGACCGCAGACCGUGGCUGUACCGAAUUCGCCAAACCGCUGUCAAACAUAUCCUCGAUCAGCUCGGCGCACCGGUGAGCACAGACUUUGAGCCGGGUGAUCAACCUGAGACAAAAGGGGCGAUGUCGGCCAAGUUUGAGGAAGAGGGUAUGCCGGAAGAGUGGCGCCGACCAGGUGUCAUCGUUGCUUGCUCGGCGCUCAAGAAGACGUAUCGCGAUGUCCUGCGUGGGCUAACUCGUUCAUCUACAUCAAAUACAUCUCCUUGCGAGGAUCCAUCGCCGGAGUUGGACGCAGUCACCGCAGUCCCCACGACGUUGUUUGUGUUCCUGAAAGGGAGCAAGGAAGUGCUCAUGGACCGCAUGCAAAAACGGGAGGGUCAUUUCAUGAAAGCACAGAUGCUCGAGAGUCAGCUGAAUACGCUGGAAAGCCCAGAGGACGAGCCUGGUGUGAUAACUGUGUCUAUCGAAUCCUCGACGGAGGAGCAGAUGCAA